AUGACGAUGUCUCCUCCAAAUAAUAACAAUAAUAAAAGCAGUAGUAAUAAUAAUAAUAAUAGUAGUGAUAGUAUUGAUAAUAAUACAGAUUCUAAUAAUUCCGAUAGUAGUAGUGGUAGUAGGAAUGCUACCAACAAUAAUAAUAACAACACCAUCAACAACAACAACAACAACAACAACAACAACAACAACAACAACAACAUCAAUUUAAGAAGCAGCAGUAAUGGUGUAAUUGGUAAUAACCUAAAUAAUAUUCCAGGUAUAGAAUUUAUAUGUCCAUAUUGUAAUAGUGCUUACUCAUCUAAGAAUUUAGUAAACAACGAAAAUAAUGGCUUAAAUAAAUGUCCACAUCUCCUUUUAUCUUACUCAACUUUAUCCCACCAAGGUGCAACCUACAGAAGUGCAUCAGACUUAACUGGUAAUUUAUUGGGUAAUAAAAUUCCAUUGGUUAUUUGUAAAAGAUUUAUAAAGUUUAUUCGUGAUACCAAAACCGGUACACCAAAUGGUUUUUAUACCAUACAUCAAAGUAAAGCAAGAGUUACCAACUCGUUUCAAGGUAUUACCUCAUUCUCUUUAAGAUAUACAAUCAAAGGUGAUCUAACAAGCAGUGAUGCAAAUAAAAAAACAACUACAACUAUCGAAUCAAACUAUUUCCUUACUCAAGAUCCAAUUCAAGAUUCUACUUUAUUUGAACCUUUUGUAUUAAAGAAUUAUAUCGAUUCAAUUCCAUCAUUAUCAACUAAAUUAACUUCAAAUGGUGAUUGUUUAAAUAAUGGUAAUAGUAAUAAUAAUAACAACAACAAUAGUAAGGAUACAUCAUUUAUAGGUUUUUCAAGAGAACAAAUUAAAACAUUUUUAGAAUUUGAUGAUCAAGAUGCAAAUUUUUUAUCUCAAGAUUAUUUUUAUAGUAACUGUAAUAAUAAUAAUAAUAAUGUAAAUGAUGGUGAUGAUUUGGUUAACAACUGUAAAAACCUUUUAAACAAUAGAUGGUUAGUGAUCACUGGUUUACCAAACCAAUUACCUGCUUUUGUAAUGUUAACAUCCCAACUCAUUAUGAAUAGAAGUGAAUUACAUUUCCCUGUAUCAAUCAACAACUAUCAAAAGAAUGAGAUAGAUGUAAAUGUUUAUGGAAUUUAUCCAUUACCAAAUAUUGCAAUUCAAUCAUAA